GGGCAGCGGUGGUUCGGAAUUUUUGUUAAAUUUUACUAAAUUAAAUGUGCGCACACAUAUAUACAUUGACGCAAAAGAACACGUAUAUCUACCACCCACAAAGCGCGUCUCGGUGCGUUCAAGGGCUACGUAGUUGCCUUUCCUAGUGUGACACACGGGAAAAAAUAGGCGCUGAAAAUAAAAUCACUUGGCACACACAUCGAAAUUUCAAGUCACACCAUCUACACGUAUACAAAUGCGCGAAAAGUGAAAAGCGCGUGCGGAAAGUUUCACGAAAUCUCCUGAAGUGUUAUUAUCCCACCCUUACGCUCACCCCGCCGCACUCAAUAUAAAGUAAAAAUGCCGCUACUUGCCUACAAGGAAAGUCACAUUCUCAGCGCCCAGCAGCUGCGAAAGCUCAGCGAACACAAAUACUCAUGCUUCAGCGCCAGCUUAUUGGAUCCUUUGCUGCAGCCCUGGUGGAACUGGCUAGUGUCCCAAACGCCACUUUGGCUGGCGCCUAAUCUGAUUACGAUUGUCGGUCUCAUCCUAAACAUUGUGACGACAUUGAUAUUAAUUUGCUACAGUCCAAAUGGCGUUGAAGCCCCGCCUCGUUGGACCUGUGCGCUAUGCGCCCUUGGACUGUUCGUCUACCAGAGCCUGGACUCGAUUGAUGGAAAACAGGCGCGUCGCACGAAUACAUCAUCGCCGCUGGGGGAGCUGUUUGAUCAUGGCUGUGACUCCAUAUCGACUGUGUUCGUAGCCCUCUCGGCCUGCAUCUCCUGCCAACUGGGGCACUAUCCCAAUUGGCUCUUCUUUCAGUGCUUCUGUGCGAUUGCAUUGUUCUACUGCGCCCACUGGCAGACUUAUGUGUCUGGAACGAUGCGCUUCGGACGCAUCGACGUGACGGAGGCACAGUUCUCGAUUAUAGGCAUACAUCUGGUGUCGGCGGUCCUGGGUCCUGAGUUUUGGCUCACCAAGCUACCGAACUUUGACUGUGAAACGCGAAUUAUGCCAUUGUAUCUGGCCUGUGGGAUAGAUUUGAUCUUGACCCUGCGCUACGCAAAAUGCAUUUUGACCCAGGGCUGUGGCAAGAAUGGAUCGACGGUUGCUGGCACCAGUGUGCUUUCCCCCAGCAUACCCCUUACGCUGGUGGUGCUGCCAGCUCUGAUUAUUGCCCAGAAGUCGCCGGAGAACUUAUUCACCGAGCACGCAUCGGUGUACAUAAUGGCCUUUGGAAUGGUGGCUGCUAAAAUAACCAACAAACUGGUGAUCGCACACAUGACCAAGGCGGAGAUGGAGUAUCUGGACUGGUCGUUGCUCGGUCCGGCGCUGCUGUUCCUCAAUCAAUACUUCAACUGCAUUGUGCCGGAGAUCUGGCUGCUCUGGUUCACGCUCAUCUGGGGAACACAGGAUCUGCUGCGCUACUGUUCGCAGGUGUGCCUGGAGAUCUGCCAGCAUCUGCGGAUUAAUCUCUUCAGGAUACCCUAUAACCCUAAGGGAGGGGCACCGCAUCCUGCCACCGCUUCGGUCAGCAGUCAAAGCAACAUUGGCAGCAGCGUCGACAAAAAUGGCGGCACUUCGCAUCGAAAGUCCAAAAGCAAACCUCAUUAAUCGCCCCAAAUACUGGUCGAAGAAUGGCUAGCAACCGAACCCGAAGCCGAACCCGAAACGGACAAGGUUUCCUAUUAAAUUAAUUAGUUUCCUUUUAUAACUUAACGUCGUUAGAGUUGGCUGAUAGCGGAUCGGAAAGAAAGGAAGAGGCAAGGAGAGAGAGAGUAAUACAAACCGUUAACGCAACCCAACAAAAUUUACCGUCAGUGUUUAAAGA